GCAGGCAGAGACUCCCGGGACCAUCCCCGAAGUCCGGGAGAUGAUGGGGGCUGCGGCUCGCGGGCGCUGAGACUGCCAAUGGGAAGGCGCUUCACAUUCAACUUCGUUUUUUCUUUACUUCUUUUAUUUUAAAAAUAUUAGUUUAUAAAUCGAGCAAACACUUAAAGAAUUUAUAGAACGCAGUGCAGUUUUGCACCUUCGAUUAAGAUGCUUUUCAAAGCAGCUGUCGUUUUUGCUCUCUUUACGCUGUGCAGCGGCGCAAACAUAUCGAAUCACUUCACUGGUAACACCGCCAGAGCUUUUCCUGGCUUCUUGAAUGCUCUGGAUGAGCCCAUUGAUUACCUAGAUGUGCAAGAAGAAAGCGGAUCUGGGUUCAGCUCCAAUCACGCAGAAGAACAUAAACCUGCAGUUGUGAAGAAAGGCUACCAUGUCACCCAAAAAGUAGCAGAGUUCCUCACUGGACCUGUGAUGACUGUCGUCAUCCCCUGGGUGUACAUCCUUGUCUUCAUCGUCAGUGUUCCCCUGAACCUGCUUGCCGUCUUCAUGUUUGCGAGUAGGGUACAGUCCAAGAAGCCAGCAGUGAUCUUCAUGCUGAACCUGGCAGUUUCUGACCUGCUCUUUGUGCUGUUGCUUCCCUUCAAGAUGUCUUACCAUUUCAACGGCAACAACUGGACAUACGGGUCACCCACGUGCAGCCUCAUCACGGCCGCUUUCUACUGCAACAUGUACUGCUCCAUCCUGCUUAUGAUGUGCAUUAGCGUAGACCGCUUCCUGGCGGUAGUCUACCCCAUCGAAUCUCUGGCCUGGCGCAGUCGACAGAAUGCGAUGGUGGUCUGCGGCGUUAUGUGGUUAUUGGCAAUCGCCGGCGUGGUGCCCAUUCUGCUGUCCAAGCAGACCACCCACCUCGAAGAGCUGGACAUCACCACCUGCCACGAUGUGAUGGAUAUCCAACAGCUGCGGAGCUACUAUCUCUACUUCUUCCCCAUCUUCUGUUCGAUGUUCUUUUUUGUGCCUCUCGCCUUCACUGUAGUCUGUUACGCGCGCAUCAUUCAGGCUCUUCACGCUGCCGGCGACUCUGCCUCUAUGCCCAAAAAGCGCCGGGCGGUGUUCAUGGCAGCCGCCGUGUUAGUGGUCUUUGUGGUCUGCUUCACACCCACGAAUAUCAUCUUGAUGGUGCACUAUGUGCAGCUGACCCGAAGCAGCCACACCUCCUAUGCAGCCUACCUCCUGGCCACAUGCAUCGGCAGCGUCAGUUGCUGCCUGGACCCAUUAAUCUAUUACUUCGGGUCAUCGCAGUGCCGGAAACAAGUAGCCGCCAUCCUGCCCCGCUCAGCCUCGAAGGAGUCGGACAAGGAGCUUCAUGCCAGCAGCACCAGGUCGAGCAAGAUGGCGACCUUCUGGAGCAAUGACGAAAAGCAGUACAAGAAGCUGGACCCCUGAUUGUGCCAUCAGAUGGACUUCUACUAACUGUUUACUUUAUGACCCUCUGAGAAAAAAAUUACUGUGUUAAAAGCACUUUUUCAUCAAAUUAAUGCUACACUUUAUAGGUAUUAGAAGUGUUAAGAUCACUGGUAUACAAAUAUCCAGUCUGAGUAUAGAAAUAACAUGUAGGUAUUGUUUUAAUAGACAAUCUUUUUUUAAUUAAUAAUAUUAUGUUUUUUAUAUUAAUUACCUUUGAUAUUAUAUGAAAUAUAUGUUCUGGUUUGAAUUGUGUGGCAGUACCAUCUGCCAAAAGUGAACGGUCACAUUUCUUAUAAAUUGUCAUUGAUGUCAUUGAAGAAUUUCCUUCAUGCACCUAGUUACUGUAUAACCUGGUUACUAUCAUGGCUACUAAGGGAAGGACAUUUUUAACCAUAACAAUGCAAGGACCUUCAAGAACCUUUAGUGUUAAAUAUACUUUUUUGUCCAGUAUUCUGUCAGUAUAUCUCCUGCAGUUAACAUGUUCCAAUUUAUACUACAGUAUUUUUUAUAAUACUUAUUCGGAGUAUUAUGUGUCUGUCUGUUUAACGUGUAGCAGCCCUUGCCUUGGUGUUAUACUGGAACACACACAGUAUGCACUGAAAAAAUGUACUAUGUUUGUGCCUCUGUGUUCGUAUAUAAUUAAGCCGUAAUGUAAUGUGACAUAAAUUCUGUUACUCAUUUAUAAAUCACAGGAUUUAUUUCACUAAA